CCCCGUCAGAAAGGUUCUACUGUCUUGGUUUUAGGGGGUACCCUAUACAGCGAACAACCCCUCCGCGUGCCGCAGUCGGGGGAAGAUUUCCAUCGCCUCCGUCGUUUUGCAGAAUGCCGGUGCAGCUGACGACAGCCCUGCGUGUGGUGGGCACCAGCCUGUUUGCCCUGGCAGUGCUAGGUGGCAUCCUGGCAGCUUAUGUGACAGGCUACCAGUUCAUUCACACGGAAAAGCACUACCUGUCCUUCGGCCUGUACGGAGCCAUCCUGGGCCUGCACCUGCUCAUCCAGAGCCUGUUUGCCUUCCUGGAGCACCGGCGCAUGCGGCGGGCAGGCCGGCCGCUGAAACUUGCCUCCCCGUCAAGGCGCUCGGUGGCACUGUGCAUCGCCGCCUACCAGGAGGACCCUGACUACUUGCGCAAGUGCCUGCGCUCCGCCCAGCGCAUCGCCUUUCCUGACCUCAAGGUGGUCAUGGUCGUGGAUGGCAAUCGCCAGGAGGACACCUACAUGCUGGACAUCUUCCAUGAGGUGCUCGGCGGCACCGAGCAAGCUGGCUUCUUCGUGUGGCGCAGCAACUUCCACGAGGCGGGCGAAGGGGAGACAGAGGCCAGCCUGCAGGAGGGUAUGGACCGUGUGCGAGACGUGGUGAGAACCAGCACCUUCUCCUGCAUCAUGCAGAAGUGGGGAGGCAAGCGAGAGGUCAUGUACACGGCUUUCAAGGCUCUUGGCGAUUCAGUGGACUACAUCCAGGUGUGUGAUUCGGACACUGUGCUGGAUCCAGCCUGCACCAUCGAGAUGCUUCGAGUCCUGGAGGAGGACCCCCAAGUAGGGGGAGUUGGAGGAGAUGUACAAAUCCUCAACAAGUAUGACUCGUGGAUCUCCUUCCUGAGCAGUGUGCGGUACUGGAUGGCCUUCAACGUGGAGCGGGCCUGCCAGUCCUACUUCGGCUGUGUGCAGUGUAUUAGUGGGCCUUUGGGCAUGUACCGCAACAGCCUCCUCCAGCAAUUCCUGGAGGACUGGUACCAUCAGAAGUUCCUAGGCAGCAAGUGCAGCUUUGGAGAUGAUCGCCACCUCACCAACCGAGUCCUGAGCCUUGGCUACCGGACUAAAUAUACAGCACGCUCCAAGUGCCUCACAGAGACUCCCACCAAGUACCUUCGGUGGCUCAACCAGCAGACCCGUUGGAGCAAGUCUUACUUCCGAGAGUGGCUCUACAACUCUCUGUGGUUCCAUAAGCACCACCUCUGGAUGACCUACGAAUCAGUGGUCACAGGUUUCUUCCCCUUCUUUCUCAUUGCCACAGUCAUACAGCUUUUCUACCGAGGCCGCAUCUGGAAUAUUCUCCUCUUCCUGCUGACGGUGCAGCUGGUGGGCAUUAUCAAGGCUACCUAUGCCUGUUUCCUUCGGGGCAAUGCAGAAAUGAUCUUCAUGUCCCUCUAUUCCCUUCUGUAUAUGUCCAGCCUCCUACCAGCCAAGAUAUUUGCCAUUGCUACCAUCAAUAAGUCUGGCUGGGGCACCUCUGGCCGAAAAACCAUUGUGGUGAACUUCAUUGGCCUCAUCCCUGUAUCCAUCUGGGUGGCAGUCCUUCUAGGGGGACUGGCCUACACAGCAUAUUGCCAGGAUCUGUUCAGUGAGACAGAGCUGGCCUUCCUGGUCUCUGGGGCCAUCCUGUAUGGCUGCUACUGGGUAGCCCUCCUCAUGUUGUAUCUGGCCAUCAUUGCCCGGCGAUGUGGGAAGAAGCCAGAGCAGUAUAGCUUAGCUUAUGCUGAGGUGUGACACAGUCCCCAAGCAGAGUGGGAAAAGUGCAAUGGGUAAGGGCGGGAAGGGGAAUA